AUGGGAACGUUCACGAGCUUACGCAAAGCCUAUGGUGCUCUCAAGGAUUCCACCACCGUUGGUCUCGCUAAGGUCAACAGCGAAUUCAAGGAUCUUGAUAUUGCGAUCGUCAAGGCAACCAAUCAUGUAGAAUCUCCUCCCAAAGAACGUCACGUUCGUAAGAUAUUCGCGGCCACAUCUGUGAUACAACCACGAGCAGAUGUUGCUUACUGCAUCCAUGCACUGUCAAAGAGAUUAUCCAAAACUCGCACUUGGGUUGUAGCAAUGAAGGUGUUGAUAGUCAUUCACAGAACGUUAAGAGAAGGUGAUCCUACGUUCAGAGAAGAGCUUCUAAACUACUCUCACAGAAGACAUAUUCUUAGGAUCUCUAACUUCAAAGACGAUACAAGUCCUCUUGCUUGGGAUUGCUCUGCUUGGGUUAGAACAUACGCGCUCUUUCUUGAAGAGCGACUUGAAUGUUAUCGUGUUUUAAAGUAUGAUAUAGAAUCAGAGCGUUUGCCUAAAUCUUCAGGUGCAGCUUCCAAGGUUUGUCUUCUCACUUCCCAUCAACAAGAAACUGUCCAAAUUUCGUUACAAUCUUUGUGUUUCAAUCUUUUUGUGCAGAAGCAUACAACGAGGAUGUUGUCAGGUGAAGAUCUGUUAGAACAGUUACCUGCGUUGCAACAGCUUCUUUUCAGGCUUAUUGGAUGUCAACCUGAAGGAGCAGCUUAUUGCAACUAUCUAAUCCAGUAUGCUCUUGCAUUGGUGCUUAAAGAAAGCUUCAAAAUCUAUUGUGCUAUCAAUGAUGGAAUCAUUAAUCUUGUAGACAUGUUCUUUGACAUGACAAGACAUGAUGCAGUGAAAGCUCUAAACAUCUACAAAAGAGCUGGUCAACAGGCUGAAAAUCUAGCUGAGUUUUAUGAUUACUGCAAAGGGCUAGAGCUAGCAAGGAACUUUCAGUUCCCAACAUUAAGACAGCCUCCUCCAUCGUUUCUUGCAACAAUGGAAGAAUACAUCAAAGAAGCCCCUCAAAGUGGUUCUGUACAGAAAAAACUGGAGUAUGAGGAGAAAGAUGUGGAACAAGAACCUCAAGAAGAAGAACAGCCUGAAGAACCUGCAGAAGAUGAAAACCAAAACAAGAACACCGAAAAUGAUCAGCCUCUUAUCGAAGAAGAGCAAGAGGAGCCUCAAGAGGAGAAAGAAGAGGAAGAAGCUAAACCUUCACCAUUGAUAGAUACUGAUGAUUUACUUGGUCUAAAUGAAAUAAACCCUCAAGCCGCAGAGAUAGAAGAAAAAAAUGCAUUGGCUCUAGCCAUAUAUCCACCAGGGCAUGAAACCUCAGGCCCUUCUAAUAGUCUAAGCUUGAUAGAAGCUGGAGGAAGUGGUUGGGAGCUUUCACUAGUCACACCACAGAACAACAACAACAAUAACACCAACCUUCGCCCCACAACAGCAACAAAACUAGGGGGAGGAUUUGACAACCUUCUGCUAGAUAGUCUCUAUGAAGACGACACAGCAAGAAGACAGAUCCAGUUAACCAAUGCUGGUUAUGGAUUUGGAGCCACGGCUACAGCUGCAGAACCAGCUUUAUCGAACCCAAGCCCGUUUGGGAUGCAACAAGAUCCUUUUGCAAUGUCUAAUAACAUGGCUCCACCAACCAAUGUGCAGAUGGCUAUGCAACAACAGCAAAUGAUGAUGAUGAAUAAUCAGAAUACAUAUAACAACAAUAACUAUUCACCUUAUCAUCACUUCUCGUCAAAUCCUCAAUCUUCUUCUUCUAACCCAUUUGGUGACGCUUUCCUUGCUCUUCCAGCUCCUCCUUCAUCUGUUACUCAGCAGCAACACAACCAUCAUCAUAUGCUACUUUAG